AUGUCUGCUGAAGAUGAAGAGCAGUCGAUGAUCCAGGACUGGCAGGCUGCCGUGGAGGACCUCAAGGAUAAUGUCCGCCAUGAAAUUUUAACCUUGACCAAUCUCGCCAGAGAACUGACCAACAUUGCGUACCCCAUCGCCGAGAUCCUGGAACAGCACAUCAAGAAGGCACCCCCCCAGAGAAAACUGCCAGCCAUCUACCUGCUCGACUCAAUCGUCAAGAAUGUUGGCACGCCGUACACUCUGUUCUUUGGCAAGAACCUCUACUCGACCUAUAUGGAGGUGUAUGCCUCGGUCGACCAGAAGACCCGUCACAAGCUGGAAGAGAUGCUGCAGACCUGGAAGGAGCCCGUGCCUGGCUCCAUCGACAGCACGCCCGUCUUCUCUCCUGAUGUGGUAAGGCCUAUCGAGAAUGCCCUCAUCAAGGCCAGGACCUCUGCCCUGCAGGUGCAACAGGAGCAGGCGCGCAGUCAGAUGCGCAACAGAGGCGGUCGGCCGCUGCCAGGAGCACUCCACCGCUCGACGCCCACGCCCCCCAACGCGCGCCCCCCUUUCAGUCAACCUCCUGCUCAUGUAGGCAUCAAUGGUCAGCGGCCCGAGUCAGCCUUUGGCCAGCAGCAAUAUCCACAGCCCCAGCCUGGACUCAGCAUAGACUCUUUGAAUAAUGACAUGGAUCAACUCAUCGUUGCUGUCGGAGCCGCGUUGGGAAGGUCACCGCAUAGUUCUGACACGCAGGCAGAGCUGACGGCACUCCUGGCUCUCCAGGGACUGCUGAGGGACAAGCACAGGAAUCUGCCACAGGACCAAUUGGUGGCUGUCAGAAAUCAAGUAGAUCAGAUUGCCGUAAAAUACCGGGUGUCAUUUAUUGCCCGCCAGAGCGCCACCGCUGCUGCUCCUCCAUUUCAUGCUCCUAUGCAUCAUCAACAACCUCAGCAGCAGCAGCGUUCUUCAGCUGCAUCAGUAGCCCCCGUGCCACCUCCCUCGGCGCCGCCAGCUCCUGUCUCUCUCGACUCGCUGCUGGGCAAGGGUACUCUGGCUGCGCUACUAAGCCGACAGUCUGCAACCCCUCAACCUCAACCACCAGCAUCGACACCUCAGAUCCCACCAGCUGCCGCUGCUGCUGUUGCUGCGCUGCGCUCACCCACGCCUCAGCGUGUUGAGCCCCAAAAGUCAGCCACGCCUGACCCCAUGGCUCUUCUUGCCUCGUUGCGAGGUGCUGGUCUGCUGUCCAACUCUGCGUCACCGUCAGGCCAGACGCUACCAGGCAGGCCGUUCGCACCUCCUCCUGCUAUACCUAGCAUCGCGGCGACCGCAAAGGCAGGGCACGUCAUAUCAAGUGGGGAUAUCAGCCUGACUGUCGCCUCGCUCAAGCAACCACGUCCACAUCUCGUCCACUCCCUCUACGAGGCUCUUGGGCCACAAUGUACCCAGUGUGGUAGAAGAUUCCCCACGGACGAGGAGGGAAAGAAGAAGAAGACGGCUCAUAUGGAUUGGCACUUCCGAGUCAAACAGAGGAUGGUGGAGGCGGAGCAGAGAGGCCAGCAUCGAAGCUGGUAUGUGGACCAGGCUGACUGGAUCCACAAUGUUGAAACCAUCGACCUCGAACACGUCGAUAAUGCCCACGGCCCCAACGCCAACUCCUCCCAGCCAGCCUCGUCGGCCCCCAAGAUCCAAUGGAUCCCUGUGCCUGACGACGGUGACACCAUCAACACGGUGUGCCCCAUCUGCCAGGAAAAGUUCCAAACCAAGUGGCUUGACGAGGCGCAGGAGUGGGUGUGGACAGACACGACCCGUGUGGGCGGCCGGGCCUUCCAUGCGAGCUGCUAUGCCGAGGUCACCAAGGAGAGCGGUGCCACGCCGCUAUAUGGUGGUGGUGGUUCGAGGGUGACACCGGACCGCGUGCUGGGGAAGAGAAAGGCCGAGGAUGAGAUUCUCAGCCUUCGAGGCGGACGUGUCAAGACGGAUGCAUGACCUGUUGAAAAAA